AUGUCGCCGAAUGCGGGUUUACUCAAUGCGGGAAAUCAAGGUUGUGGUGAGACAAUCAGUAAAAGAGAUCGUACACAUCACGAGAGUGAACUGUGUCAAUUUAUAAAGCUGAAGCGGGUCACAACUGCAUGCGGAGAAAUCAGCACGAUGAUGGCGGACAUGGAAACGGAAAUAGCAAACCCGAACACGAAAAUGGCAAACAUCAACACGAAUCAGACCGAUGUGAGAACGAAAAUGGCAAACAGCAACACGAAUCAACUGCAUAUGGGAAUGAAAUUGGCAAACAUCAACACAAAAAUGGCACACACGGAAACGAAACUUGAAAACAUGGAAGCAAAAAUGGUAAACACUGAGACAAAACUGGAAAACAUGAACACAAAAAUGGCAAGUUUCAUUUAG